AUGGGUCCGUACCUGUUAAACGAUCCGGAUAAUCGGCUUGUUGAAGUGCCCUCCUCGUUCGGCGUCGGCACGGCAGACGGCUUGGCAAGAUUAUAUGGUAUAUUAGCCAACGGGGAAGAACUAAAUGGAAAGACGAUUAUGUCGAUUGGAAAAUCUUUCGGACAUAGUGGAGCCGGUGGACAGGAAUGCUGGGCCAACCCUGAACUAAAGCUAGGCUAUGGUUUUGUGACGAAUACGCCUACACUGAGCAUUAUUGAGACGGGAAAACGCUACUUGUUACUACGCAAAAGUGUUUAUGACUGUGUUCAAAACUUGGUGGUUAAGGGGUUGCUUUCCAAUUCCAGGGUGCUGGGUUAUAUUCGUCUCACGGCCUAUAUUGUUUAUUACAGGGAGCAUUACUUAAGUGGCAUCGAGCCGUCGCAAGGAGGGUCAGCCUUCGUAGUGUACCACAAAGGCAAGAAAGUUGUCGACAUAUGGGGAGGCUACGCAGACAAGCAGUCGCACCGGCCAUGGAAGCAAGAUACAUUAGCAAACGUGUAUUCCACUGGCAAGGGUGUCGCAGCCAUUUGUAUUGGAAUGUUAGUGGACCGAGGCCUCCUAAGCUAUGAUGAAAAAGUCGUCAAAUACUGGCCCGAGUUCGGUAAACAUGGCAAAGAAAAUGUGACGGUUAAGAUGCUUGUUAGUCACCAGGCUGCCAUUCCCUUUCCAAACGAGACACUGACGUGGGACAUUUUCCGAGACCAUGAGAAACUCGCUGGAGUACUAGCAGAUUCAGUACCACAAUGGGAGAUAGGGACGGGUCACGGCUACCAUACAAUGACAAUGGCGUCUUUCUGCAGUGUACUUGUGUAUAAAGUUGAUCCUAAACACAGAACUCUUGGUCAGUUCGUUCACGACGAGUUAUACGUUCCAUUUGGUAUUGACAUCCACUUUGGUCUGCCUAAGGAGUUAUUUCACAGAGUGGCUCGAAUGGAAGAGCCUAAGUAUACUGCAAGCCAGUGGGUCGAAUUAGUGCAAAAUCCGUUAUUGAGGGCCUUCUUCUUGGGAUCACUAAGAGGAGAAGAGAGUAUAUGGAAUAAGGUCAUACGAAAUAUGGGAGAAUUGUCUGACGUAAGUUGA